UAACAGAGAAGCUAGUAACAUGGACAACACAGAGGGGCGUCCCAAGCUUAUGCCGCUCCAUUUGUUAGAAGAACUUACAGCUGGGUUCUCUAAGAACCGGAUACUUGGAGGGGGUGCGUAUGGAGAAGUUUAUCUGGGAGAGUAUCAAGAUGGAGUGAAGAUUGCUGUGAAGGUGCUUAAAGAUGUUUUAGACCUUGACGAUGAGCAAUUUGAAAAGGAGUAUCGCAACCUUGCAAUUCUAGAGCACAAAAAUGUUGUCCGGUUAGUUGGAUAUUGCAAUGAAACCAAGGGAGAAUAUGUACAUCACAAUGGAAGGUUGGUUUUUGCGGAAAAGGCUAGGAGGAUGCUUUGCUUCGAGUAUAUGUGCAACGGAAGCCUGGACACUUUUAUUUAUGAUGAAUCUAAUGCACGCAAUUGGCGUACACGCUAUGCGAUAAUUAAGGGGAUAUGCGAGGGAUUGGCAUACCUUCAUGAGAAAUUAAAACCUCCUAUGUAUCAUUUAGAUUUAAAACUAACUAACGUACUAUUGGACGAGAAUAGGUCGCCCAAAAUCUCAGAUUUUGGCAUGUCAAGGUUGAUCUUGGAAGAAAGAACAAAAAAGACAAACAGUUCCUUAGGAACCCUUGGGUACAUACCACCGGAGUAUAUAAACGAAGGUUUGAUCUCAAUUAAGUUUGACAUAUUCAGUUUGGGUGUCCUAAUCAUAAAGAUAAUGAUGACCCGACGAGAUGGCUACUUCAGAAGUGCUGAAAUGUCUUCCCAACAGUUUGUUGAUCUCGUACAUAUGGACUGGAUGAAUAGGCUACAAGCGCCACAUGCGUAUUCUAUACAAGCAAGGAGGUGCAUCGAAAUAGCUCUAUGUUGUGUUGAGACUGAUCGACGCAAAAGGCCAAGUAUUGGGGAACUUGUCAGUAACCUGAGUAAAACAGAGUCUAGUAUCCAGAUUUUUGAUGAAUUAAGAAAUGGCGCGGACCACCAGGUGUGAUCUCUAAUGACAUAAUUUCUCAUUUCUUGCCCAUAUCAGAUAAUUGUGUACACAUGAGA